CGACCACAAUCACAUCUCCUCGUCACAGACCAAAGCGAUCAGUCCUUAUGUGUACGUGGCUACAUAUGGUUGGUUAGUCCUUCCCCAAAUUCGCACCACAGGCGCGUUACACAGUACCUCAUCUAUCAAUAUAGAUACUCCCCUCCUCCUACGUUCUACUUUCUUUCCCGCCAUCUUCUCUCAUUCCCCAUCCCCUCAACUCUUCAGCUCAAGGUACUGCACCCCCCAAAAUAAUAAUAGAAUAAGAUUGUGACAAAAAUCAGGAAAUGGGCAUCAAUAAUCUUCUGAAAUUCAUGAAGCCCUAUGUUGAACGCGUCCACAUCAAGAAAUAUGCUGGGAGACGUGUAAGGAUGUGGGAAUUGAUGCAUAUUCAUGGCUGCAUAAAGGAGCCUAUUCGUGUAGUAUGGAGCUAUGCUUGGAUUUGGAAGGGGAUAAGAAAUACCAGUUCUUAAAGUAUUUUAUGCAUAGAAUUAAUAUGCUUCGACACUAUGAGAUUACUCCUGUAGUUGUUUUUGAUGGUGGGAACAUCCCAUGUAAGGCCACUACUGAAGAUGAGAGGAACAGGCGACGAAAGGCUAAUCGAGAUAUGGCAAUGGAAAAGCUGAAGGAUGGUGACGCUAAUACAGCCUCUGAGCUUUUCCAGAGAGCUGUGAGUGUCACCCCACUGAUGGCACACCAAUUGAUUCAGACUUUGAGAUCAGAAAAUAUUGAGUUUGUCGUAGCUCCAUACGAGGCAGAUGCACAAUUGGCAUAUCUUGCAGGUCUUGAGGCUGAAGAAGGUGGAGUUGUCGCGGUCAUUUCAGAGGAUAGCGAUUUACUAGCAUAUGGUUGCCCUGCUAUAGUCUUUAAGAUGGAUCGCUAUGGCAAUGGUGAAGAGAUAAUGCUGAACAAGGUUUUUGAUGCUGUUGGUCAUGUACCAUCCUUCAAAAAUUUUGACAGAGAAUUAUUUACAGGUAUGUGUGUCAUGGCAGGCUGUGAUUUCCUUCCAUCUGUACCUGGCAUUGGAAUUGCAAAAGCUUACAAUUUGGUUGCCAAGUAUCGGAAUUUAGCCCGUGUUCUUUCAGUUUUAAAGUUUGAGAAGGGAAAACUAAUGCCUGAAGAUUACGAAACAGCUUUCAAAGAAGCAGUUGCAGUCUUCCAACACGCCCGAGUGUAUGAUAUAGUUUCAAAGCAGCUGAAACCCCUAAAACCUCUUCCAGCAGAGCUUUUGCAGUAUCAAAAUGAAGAGCUUGAUUUCUUGGGCCCAGAUUUAAAGCCUUCGCUAGCAAUUGCAAUUGCGGAAGGAAAUCUAGAUCCCUGUACAAUGCAUGCUUUUGAUUACUUCCCUCAACCUGGACAUCAUUCUGCCAACAUACUCUUGGGACAAGAAGAACCCACGGAAUCAACGGAAGAAGGAUGUUUUACUACACUUUCUUUCCACAAAACACACAGAAAAAGAAUUAGAGGGGAUACACCACUGGAUUCAGUGACCAACAGUUUGGAGGAAAGGAAGCCAAAGGUAAUCACACAAGAAGUGCUGCAUGCAAGUGAAGCUUUAGCACUGGAAAAGUUGGCCUUCCCUUUGAGAGAAGAGGCCUCCAAAAGGAACCAGGAUGUCUCUCUUGGAUGUCCCUUAAACAUUCCUAACAACAACCCCUUUAAAAAAUGGAAACAAAAUGAAGUGCAACAGAAUCAGACAGUUCCUGUUGAUGAACAAGCUUCUGAAGUGACUGAUACUGAAAACUUAAUGACCUCAUGCAUGACUCCUGUAUCACAGGAAAGUGUGGAUUCUAAACCUGACAAGUCUGUUUACUCAAAGAGCAGAAGAAAAAGUGAACAAUCAUUGAAACAAAAUCGAUGCAACCAUGUACAAUCUAAGAAAAGUAGUAUAUUGAACUUCUUCUCUCGAGUAUGAUUCUUGUUAAAUUUAAGGAGCUAGGCCUUUUUGCCCUUGUUCGUUCUCCAGUUGUUGAUAAGUCUGCAGAUGUAUUGAACCAUUAUUAUGCUGAUUAUUAGUGCAAGGCAGCUGAUACAUAUCACCAUCCUCAGCCAAAAUCAUGGUUAGAUUACAAAAAUGUUCAUUGAUUUGGUUUACAAUUUUUUGGGAUUCCAUGGGGCAACGUAAAGCGAGUAGGAUUGCUCCUGCAUACAUAUAGAGCUAUAGUUAACUAUCACAAGAAAGUUCAACAUAUUUAGUUGUUGAGGCUUUUUUCCCUGUACUGGAAUAAAGAGUUCAGAGAGGGCCAAUUGGUAUUUAGUUGCAGUUCAAGCUCCCUCACUUGUAGCUCGAAGUAUCUAGCUCUGUGUUCUAAGUUAAGGAGAAAGUGUGUUCUUAGUAUUACAUUUUUCUUUCUCUUUUCUUACCUUUUGUACACCUUUAUUAGUUAUCGAGUAGUGAUUUAGUUAUGUCACAUAGAUCAUGUUAGGCUAGUGUCUAGUGUGCCAACUAGCUCAAAAGAUAUAAGCUAAGAAGCACGCUGUAGUGCCCUUGUAGUAAACAAUUUUUG